AUGGAUGACAAUGCAUGCGAACUCGUUAAUUACUGUACUGAUACUGAUGACUAUCGACCAGUGCAAUCGACUUUGUUAACACGUUUUGCGUUAACAGCUGAUUGUUCAGAUCUAUGGCGAACAACAAACCAAGAUUACGGAGCGUUUUACUAUCGUGACACGUCUCAAUUUUGCAUGCCGGAUAAUCUCAAAGCGAAUAUUCACCGACGACAUAAUCGUUUUCAAGACUGGAUGUUAUAUCAAACGAAAUGUCGUAAUGUUCUUUCGCCGAUGACGGCAAAUUUCUCUGCUAAUAAUAACAAUAAUCAAACUGUUCGUGUAACACAUCGAAAACGAUUCAGCUCGAAAUGUGAGAACGACGAAGGUCGAAGUGAAGAUGGACUAAUAAUUGAGUAUAUCGCAAAGAAAAUCAUGCAUAAAUUACAAUAUCUCAUCAAUCCAAACGAAUAUCAUGAUGUUGUACAAUGUGCACAAAUGCUUACAAGUGAAAUUCUCAUUAAGGAACCGUCUUUAUGUAUCAAUGAAAUAAUCGAUCGAGUUAUUACAAUAAUGAUCACACCUCCGAACACCCUACCUCAGUCAGAUUGUAUUUCAACACCUUGCUCUUCCUAUCAAUUAGUUAACGAUAAUGGCUUGAUAACAAAACCAGUCAACAAUAACAAUGAACUUCCGUUACCCACGGCUGUGACUGUCAUCAAACCGUCCGUCGAAUGUACUCAACCGAUGUUUAUAUCAAAUAUGUUCGGUAAAUUAACUGAUCUUGAAGAUGCCAUAUUGAAAAUUUCCAAUCAGUUUGUUAAAGCGUAA